AUGGCACCCAAAGUCCUCUUCGUCCUCACCUCCCACGACAAAAUGGGAGACACAGGCAAGCCAACAGGAUGGUACCUUGUACGUCCCCUCCACUUCAUCCCAUCCCAACCCAUCUUAAUUCAAUGCGUGGCCAAUUUACUAACAUCCCUUUCCCUUCCCCUCCAAAAGCCAGAAUUCGCACACCCCUACGAAGUACUAGCCCCCCACACCCAAAUCACCAUCGCAUCGCCGAAGGGCGGUCCUGCGCCCCUCGAUCCCUCAUCCGUCGAAGCCAGCACAUCGGACGCCGUAUCGGUCAAGUUCCUGAAGGACCGUGAGAGCUUGUGGAAGAACACUGAGAAGCUAUCCUCGUUCUUGGGGCGAGCGGGAGAGUUUGAGGCGAUUUUUUUCGUGGGCGGACAUGGACCGAUGUUCGACCUAGCAACCGAUGCCACAAGCCACACCCUCAUCAACGAAUUCUACACGCACAACAAGAUAAUCUCCGCCGUCUGCCACGGCCCCGCGGCCCUCACCCACGUCAAGCUCCCAAGUGGCGGCUUCCUGCUGGACGGGCAGCCCGUAACCGGCUUCUCGAACGCCGAAGAAGAUGCGGUGGGUUUGAGCGCCGUUAUGCCGUUUAGCCUCGAGGAUAAGCUGAGCGAGGCGUCGGGGGGCAGGUUCGAGAAGGCGAAGGAGCAGUGGGGUCCGCAUGUGGUGGUUGGUAGAGAGGGGAGAUUGAUUACGGGGCAGAAUCCGGCGAGUGCGGGACCGUUGGGGGAGAAGGUUUAUGAGGCGAUUUUUGGGGAUUUGAAGGUUUAG